AUGCGUGCCGAGUUUGAGGUCCUGGCGAAGGCCUACCCGACGUGGGUGUUCUUGCGCGCGGACGUCAACCAACUUCCUGGAGUUGCCCGGCGCUGGGCAGCCACGCGCGUGCCGUGCUACAUCUUCUUCUGGAAAGGUGUGGAGCUCAAGCACGCUGCGAUUUACUUUGACACCUUUGCAGCCAUGGGCGCACCACCUCCAGCCAACGCAUUGUUGGGAGCGUAUACCGGAGUGGGAGCGAUCUUGUCCUUCUUCGGACGCACGCCGGGUCAACUGCCAGAAGAUGUUCUUGCUGAGAUGUGGUCAAUAUUUCUGGUGCUCGGCCUGUGGUCGGCCACAUACUCCGUCUAUGACGUCAUGGGCGUCGGUGUUGCCAAGCAGAAACACGACAUGCACAAGAUGUCCAUGAAAGACCGCCCCACUACGGAUCCAGAGGAGGUGAAGCUGGCAGACCGGGCUCAGAUGAACCAGGUUGAACAGGUGACGCCAUUCUUUGCUGGUGCGCUGAUGUUCGGCUUCCUCGUGAAUGGCAAAGUUGGGGGCAUUCUAUCCCUGAUCUACUUCACGUUGCGCAGGCUCUACUGCAGCACCUACCGAGCUUCAGUUGGGAAGUCAUUGGAGGGGGCUGGCCUCAUCAAGUACACGGUUCGUGGUGUCGGGGAAGCCUUCCCUUCGUGUCCGCUGAGCUGUGCAGAUUUGGCCUUUGAAUGUUUUGUGUACUUCUGCAUUCUGGUCUCCCACAGCAUUGCACACUGA